AUGGCCGGUAUCAAAUCGAUUUGUGCUGCCUGUGUUGGCAACGGCAGUGGUGGCAACACUGGUGGUGCUGGUGGUCAAAAUAAUGGCAAUUUUGGACCUGGCAGUAAUGGUGCAAAUGGUGCCAGUGGCGGAAAUGGUGGCAGCAGUGGAAGCGCUCCCGGCGGAAACAACGCCGGUGGAAACACUGGAAACGGUGGCGGUGCCGGUGGAAACGGAAACGGAAAUGAUGGUAAUGCUGGUGGUAAUGCUGGUGGUAAUGCUGGUGGUAAUGCUGGUGGUAAUGCUGGUGGCAACGCUGGCGGUAAUGCUGGUGGCAACGCUGGCGGCAACGCUGGUGGAAAUGGAAAUGGUGGCAAUGGCGGCGCUACAGCAAGCCCGGGGCCUGUCACAGCUGCAAGUUCGAAAUUGCUGGCCAGUGUUUCGACUGCAUUGGUUGGCAUGCUGCUUGCCAUGGUGCUGUGA